GUCCGAUAUCCUAACCGAACAAGCAGGUUAUGACAACUUUUUUGAUUUACAAUUCAUUUAAUAAAAAUAUUGCAUUACAUUUUAAAAACUAUUUUUUGUCUUUGCUUGGGGAUUUAGUUCACUGAAAAGGCUGACAACUAGUUCACUUCGAUAUAUAAAGUCGCCUUAGAGUGACCAAAUUAAAAAAAAAAAACAAAAACAUAAUUUUUUAAUAAAUAUUAAAGAGUCAGCAUUAUAAUGACGAUGCGACCGGAUGAUCACCGUCGAAAAUGGGACAAGGAUGAGUACGAAAAGCUAGCAGCUGAGCGGCUUAUCCAUCAAGCAGCACCAAAAGAUGAAGAACCCGUGCAACGAGAAAAUUUAAAACGCCGCGACUACAAAGUAGACCUAGACAGCAAGCUUGGUAAAAGCGUUGUUAUAAACAAGAACACCCCGACCUCGCAAUCCGGCGGAUACUAUUGUAAUGUGUGUGACUGCGUGGUCAAGGACUCUAUCAAUUUUCUGGAUCAUAUCAAUGGCAAGAAGCACCAACGUAAUCUUGGCAUGUCUAUGAAGGUGGAGCGCAGUACCGUAGACCAGGUUAAGGAGCGUUUUCAGCAAAACAAAAAAAAAAUGGAAGAAAAACAAAAAGACUACGAGCUAGAGAAGAGGCUGCGGGAAGCAAAAGAAGAAGAGGAUCGAUACAAAGAGCAUCGUAAGGAAAAGAGAAAAGAGCGGAAAAGGAAGGCGGACGACAAUGAUAACGACGUGGCUGAAGGACUACGUGAUGAAAUGGCAGCUAUAAUGGGAUUCUCAGGGUUCGGUGGGUCCAAAAAAAAUUCUUAGCUUUUAGAUGUUGCGCUGCUUUUAAUUAAUAGACAGUUAAGAAAUAUAAAUUUAUCAUGGA